AUGGCCGCCACACAAACUAUCCAAGUUCCCCACCUGGGCGGCAUCAAAGCCGGUUACGCGCUCUCAAACAAUCACUAUGACCCCUCCAAGCCAACAUGCGUGCUCGUCAAUUCGAUGUGCAUGACGGUGUCUCUCUACCAUGAUCAGUUUAAUAAUAAGGAUUUAACUGAUGCCAUGAACCUGUUGGCUAUCGAGCCAUUAGGCCAUGGCUCGACCAGUUGUCCUUCUGAGCAUUUCACCUACUGGGAUUCCGCCGUUAUGGCCUUGCAAGUCAUGGACCACUUUGGGAUCCAGAAGGCGUUCGUCCUGGGGACGAGUCAAGGAGGGUGGAUUGUGACCCGGAUGGCGCUCCUCGCUCCGGAUAGGAUUCUCGGUCUCAUGCCCCUGGGGACAAGCAUGGAUUACGAAUCAGCUGAUUCCCGGUCCAAGGGCUGCUGGGACCCUGCGGCCAGUCUCAUGGCCUUUUACGAGAAGUGGACGAGUCCCUCACCUACACCUGACUUUGUUGUAGAUGAUGUUUGGUGUGGUUUGGUGGCCGGCAUUGGUUUCGGUGCCGCAGCCAGCGCGGAGAAAUCCGCGUUCUGGACUCAGACCUUGAAAGAGGUAUAUAAGGGCGACGAGGGCCGGAAGAAGGUGCGGAUGGCGCUCAAUUGCCUCCUCGAGAGAGAUGGGCUGUUGUUGCGCUUGAGGGACAUCAAAUGCCCUGUUUAUUGGCUCCAGGGCACUGAUGAUACACCAUUUGGAACGGUUGUCCCCGCCGAACAAAUCGAACUUUUCACCUCUUCUAAGGACGCCAAGCUGGUCAUGAUCGAGAGCGGUGCGCAUUAUCUGAAUGCCACUAAUCCUAAAGAGGUGAACGAGGCGCUUCUGGAAAUGGUCACGAAGUAUAAAUGAUUGCCACGGCGUGAGCGUCGCA